AUACCAGUAAUUUUUAUUUUAUCCAACUAUAUAUGCAUAAAGUUAUGGAAAAUUUAUCAAAAAUAAAACCCAAAAAAAACCUAAAAACACAACUCCAUAUACCAUCCAUUGUCAUCCGAGCCAAAAAGGCAAUCGAUUUCGUAUACUCCGUAAUUUUAUACAGAAACAAAGCCCUAAAGUAUUCCCCAUCACUCUUCUUUUUUAUCAAAGUUUUUGCAAUAUCUCAGUAAUCAAACCAAUCAACCAUUUCUUCGAUUUUCAAUCGUCAUUAACAACGAAGCUCGAAAUCAAUGGAGGACAUUCUCUCUGCUUCCGAUAAGCAGGUUAUGGUCUCCAAUUUCCUCGAGAUCGCUGUUGGCCAGACUGCCGAUACUGCCCGCCAAUUCUUGCAGCUGUGUGAUAAAGGGCACCCUGCUGUAUGGGAAGCUGAACAAGGUGGUAGUUCUACAACAGAUAGCUCUCGAGAUAACCUUGCUGCUAUGUUUCGGCCUCCUUUUGCUUUAAUGACCCAGGGUCCUUUUGAGAAGGCAAAACUUACCGCUGCUUCUUCGGACCAGUGGCUCGUGGCUAAUUUACAAUCCCCUACAGAAUUUAGCUCACAUAUGCUCAACAGAGACACCUGGGCAAAUGAAGCUGUAGCCCAAACUAUCAAAACCAAUUUUAUCUUUUGGCAGGUUUAUGAUGAUACAAGUGAGGGCAAGAAGGUGUGUAAUUACUACAAAAUCGAAUCUGUUUCAGUUAUUCUUGUCAUUGACCCCAUAACAGGACAAAAAAUGCGUUCAUGGUCUGGUAUGGUACAUCCUGACCGAUUACUGGAGGAUCUACUGCCUUUCAUGGAUAGCGGGCCACAUAACCAUCAUUCCUCACUCUCUCAUAAGCGGCCAAGAGAAAGUUCUAAUGUUCCUGCUCAGAAAGUCCAGGGUGAGACCACCGUAGAUGAAGAGGAAUUGCAACGAGCUCUUGCUGCAUCAAUGGAGAACAUGAAUCAUCCGGAUGAAAUUGCUUCUGAAGACAAAGAUGCAGUCACUGCCAACAAGGAGGAAGCUAAAUGCUCUACAAAGAUUCCUGUGUAUCCCCCUCUUCCUGAAGAACCAAAGGGAGAUAGAAACCUGCUUUGCCGUGUUGGAUUUCGUCUCCCUGAUGGACGAAGAGUUCAGAGGAACUUUCUGCGCACUGGCCCUAUACAGUUGUUGUGGUCGUUCUGCAGAUCCCAGCUUGGAGAGGCCGAGACAAGGCCAUUACGGUUGACACAUGGAGUCCUUGGAGCUGCAAAAUCUGUGGAAUAUGAUAGUAAUUUAACCUUUGAAGAAUCAGGGCUCUCAAACUCCAUGAUAUCAGUUACUUGGGAGUAAGAUUGAUAUGUUGCUCUCUCGGUAUAUAUAUUAAGUAUAUGGCUGAGAGCUCAAGCAGACUUUUGACUGAAUCAGUGUUCUUGCAGUUUGCUCCGCCUUUUGUUUUGUCAUAUUGUUUGUAGAACAAGUAUGAUAGGAAGGAGUAAUUAUUGUUAUGUAGUCCAUAUGUAUAUACUUAAUGCCAACAGCUCAUAGAAUGGUAUCUGUCAAAUUACAGACAGCUCUUUGUGUCCUGCUUUAGCUCUUUUAAUCCAUAAGUUCUUUAUAUUCCGGUUUCACC